UGUCCAAUCACAUUUCCCUUGACGCUGUUCUUGGGCGCAAAGAAAGGAGACGUACUUGGGACGGGUUUGAAGUCGUCACUACACUAUGUGCAUCGAAUCGUAAUUACGUUUGCACUCUCUGGUGUCAACAGCCGCGUUCAAGAAACGUGGGGAACGACUCGUUCAAAACAAACGAAUGGAUACCGGAAAGCUCAUCGCCCACCCGAGCGUUCGGGUCAGAGGAUCGGAACACAGUUUCGAACCUGUCGAAUGCGCGAGCGAAAAGUGCGGGGCGCUGCCGGUUCCUCAUCUGCACUGUCCGUUCUGUAGCAAGAGCUCUGUGUUUAAGGAUGCACGUAUCGUGAAAGCGCACUACAGGGUCAAGCACGUGGACAAAGGACUGUAUUUUGCUGGGUUAAAAAUGCUGCGAUGCUCAGCUACAUGCAGAAUAUCUGGAAGCAUUAAGGGCGAAAAAAAGUUUCGAGGGCCCCACUGGCACUGCUACAAAUGCAGGAAUGGUUUUUGCAGGCGUGAUGAAGCAAUGAAGCAUUUUGAGACACAUUUCAAGUUGCCACAGACGACAUUUCAGAUUAACAUAGUUCAGGAUGUUAACGAAGGAAUGGGACUUCAGUCACGUUUAGACAGCGGUUCGGUUGAACAUUCAGAAUGUCAGAUGUCAUCGGCAUCUGAUAUUAGUACAGAUAUGGAUUCAAACACUGCAGUCGCUGUAACAGUUGAUAUGACUGAAGAGCCACCAGGAAAUCCUGGCUCACCGAACACUGCAGAAGAACCAACAACAGUCAUGAUCAUUCAGGAGGAGGACACGAGGUCACUCUCAUCGGACCCAGGCUGUAUUAUGAAGACCCGCGAGGAAGACCUUUCAGAGAAAAAUAUGUUCCUUGAAAAGCUCUUGGCUGAAUUUAAGCAGCAAAUGGACAAUCUGAAAGCAAAGUAUACACGCACUGAGAACAUGCUCCAGCUGGAAAUCAUUUCUUUACGUCGCCAGCUGGAAAAGAAGAACACUGAACUUGAAAAUUUGAAGAGGCAGCAGACAGAAUUACUGUCUUCCAAGACUCCCCAGUUGAAUAGCUCUCUACAGAAGCUACUCAAAGCUAUGCAGAGCCAACAUUCUGAACUUCUCGUGCAGCAUAUAGCUCAAGCACGAAAUGAAGCCUUCCAGAGUGCACUGAAUGAACUUCAG